AUGUUGCCUGGCAAAAAUGCCUUUUUCCUCCGGGGGAUAAGGAAGAAGCAGCUCCUCAGCUCUGCUUUGACCGUGGCAGAGCUGGCCGCAGCUCCCACUUGGCACCCUCUGAAAGCCCCCACGGGGAAGCCCACUGAGGGCAGUGCUGGGGACCCCAGCGUGCCAGCGACCAGUCACACCUUCCCACGGCCGCCAGCCCCACUGAGGUGUGCCGCCCUGAGGCGGCCCCGCUCUGGGGCUGGGCACAGAUUGGUGUUAGUAUUAGGAGAUCUUCACAUUCCACAUCGAUGCAACAGCCUCCCAGCCAAAUUCAAAAAACUGCUGGUUCCAGGGAAGAUCCAACACAUCCUCUGCACAGGAAACCUCUGCACCAAGGACACUUAUGACUACCUCAAGACUCUGGCCGGGGAUGUUCACGUUGUCAGAGGGGACUUUGAUGAGAACCUGAAUUAUCCUGAACAGAAAGUUGUAACUGUUGGACAGUUCAAAAUCGGGCUGAUUCAUGGCCAUCAGGUUAUUCCUUGGGGUGAUAUGGCCAGCCUGGCACUGCUACAAAGGCAGUUUGAUGUGGACAUCUUAAUUUCAGGACAUACACACAAAUUUGAGGCAUUUGAACAUGAAAACAAGUUCUAUAUCAAUCCAGGAUCAGCUACAGGAGCUUAUCAUGCCUUAGAGAACAACAUCAUUCCUUCAUUUGUGCUGAUGGAUAUCCAGGCUUCUACAGUAGUUACAUAUGUCUAUCAACUAAUUGGAGAUGAUGUGAAAGUAGAAAGAAUUGAGUACAAAAAGUCUUAAAAAUGUAUUUGCUUGUCUGGUAUUUUUACCAUCUCAUUCUGAACUGCAAGUUACUACAAUACUUGAUUGCUAGUUUACAGUACUACACUUACUCGCUAACAGCUUAACAAUGUAGCUUAUUGGUAGUAACUUUAAAACAACAUUGUGUUUGCUUCUCUCUGUAUUGAAUUGAUUUGUAAAAUAUUCCAUUAAAAUAACUGUUUAAAUACUGUUCCUUAAUGUUGUAAUAAACUCCACUUCAUAGAAAAA